AGACAUAUGAGAUACCUUUCAACCUGAGCUGUCACACAAGCUACACCUCUACGGUGUUGCUGUCUCUACGCAAACUUCAACCUUAGUAUCGCUCUCUACUUCUCAAACGCCAACGUUCCCACAAGAAUCAACGCUAUCCAACCAAAAACUAACCGCUCGCUUUCCUUUCCCUUUCUAACCCUCGCACCCACCCCACCUCUCUCGAUCAUGUCCGCCACGAUCACGGUGCUCCAGUCGCAGCUGCCCGCGUACGGCCGCGUGCGCACGCCGUACGAGAAGGAGCUGCUGGAGACGGCACGCAUUCUUGCGACGCGCGGCAAGGGCAUCCUCGCUGCGGACGAGCCGAACGACGCGUACGACGCGCGCUUCGCACCGAUGGGCCUGGAGAACAACGAGGCGAACCGCCGCAAGUACCGCGUGGUGCUGCUGGAGACGGAGGACCUGCACAAGUACAUUGGCGGUGUGAUCCUGAGCAAGGAGACGGUGGAGCAGCAGUGCAGCCAGGGGAUGAUGUUCACGGAGAUGCUGCGCAAGAACGGCGUUGUGUCUGGCGUGAACGUGGACGGCGGCCUGCGUCCGUUCUACGAGGGCGCGCCUGGCGAGGAAAUGACUGCCGGCAUGGACGGGUACGUGGAGCGCGUGCAGCACUACUACAAGCUUGGUGCGCGCUUCUGCAAGUGGCGCAACGUGUUCAAGAUCCAGAACGGCAACGUGUCGGAGUCGCUGAUCCAGUUCAACGCAGAAACGCAGGCACGCUACGCCGCGCUGUCGCAGCUGAACGGGCUUGUGCCGAUUGUGGAGCCGGAGGUGAUGCUGGAGGGCACGCACGACGUGGAGACGUGCCAGCGCGUGUCGGAGCACGUGUGGGCGACGGUGUUCGCUGCGCUGCACCGCCACGGUGUGAUCCUGGAGGGCAUGUUCCUGAAGCCGAGCAUGGUUGUUGCCGGGUCUGAGUCUGGGAUCAAGUGCGCGCCGGAGGAGGUUGCGCUGGCGACUGUGCAGACGCUGUCGCGCGUUGUGCCGCCCGCGGUGCCUGCGAUCGGGUUCCUGUCUGGUGGUCUGAGCGAGCUGCAGUCGUCGGAGUACCUGAACGCGAUCAACAACGCGCCCGUUGCGCGUCCGUGGCACCUGACGUUCACGUUUGGGCGUGCGUUGCAGGGCAGCGCGCUGAAGGCGUGGAAGGGCAAGGACGAGCUGAUCCCGGAUGCGCGCCGCGCGUUCCUGCACCGUGCGCGCAUGAACUCGCUUGCCUCGCAGGGCAAGUAUGACCCGAAGCUGGAGGCGGAGGCGUAG